UCAAAUUUUAAUUAUCCAUGACAAUGUUAAGUUAUACUAAUACUGCUAAUUCUGUAUGUUUCUAACAGGAAAUGAUGUCAGCGUACUCGAAAGACCUGCUGCAAAGAAGUAUGUUCACAGUGAUAGGUUUAAGUCACCAUAUCGAAAUAUAACAGCAAAGUCUAAAGCUGCUAAUCCUAAGCUGCAGUUGGACAAUCAAUCAUUUUUGUCGAAUAACAACACCGAUGUAUUUAUCCCAUCACAUGCAAAGAAGUCAACGUCAAAUAGCAUAGCUAUACACCAACUUGACGCUGAAAAAGGAAAAGUAAAUGAUAUGGAAGCAGCUGAACCUGUGGCAUUACCAUGUGUAACAACAGAAGACAUGUUCCAGGAACCUACUUCUGAUACACUCCUACACAUUCCACCUGAAAAAGAACUACAAUCUGAAUCUGAAUCUCAAUUGAGAGUCCUUUUUUUUGUGACACACACCGUGCUGACUCGUAUCCUUAUUUAAUAAUGGAAUUCGUACAAGUUAGAUAUCAUUUUGAAUCAAAGCGUUUUCAAGAACGUAAUUUGGCAGAAGUUGAUAGUAACGUGCGACAAAAUUUCAAGAUGGCAAAACUUGCUUAAUUUUUUUUUUCUAAAUGUAAAUUGUAUGUAUGUUAAUACACAUUACAAGUUAUAAAUUGAA